ACAAAAUCCGCAGUCUCGGAAAGAACUCGUUCGGCGUUCUGCACCGGAUCAAGACAAUUUUCAUCGGUAUAGAGGACAGGAUGGGAAUAAUACAUUCAUCAAAAUCAUACGAUCUCCCUUACAUCCCAGAUAAUAAGCCACAACCCAGCGGCGGAAAGUCAUCUGAGUUGACUGAUCUUCAGAUUGAAUUGAUCCAUGGCUCCUGGGAAAAAGUCAAACCAAAUAAGAAGUACCAUGGUGAACGGUUAUUUCAUAAGUUAUUUAAUGUGGCACCUCACUUGCAGGAGCUAUUUCCAUUCGGCAGUGACUUAACAAAUCCUAUGUUCACUACGCAUGCCUUGAAUGUCAUGAACACGCUAGACCUUGCAGUACAACACUUGGAUAAACUGGACAUACUCAUACCUAAGCUAAGAGAACUUGGACAGAUGCACGCAGCAUUUGAACUUACAGAAGUGGAAUUUCAGUAUGUUGGUGAGUCUCUCAUAUGGGUUCUAGAGACAGGCCUGGGAGAUGACUUCACACCAAAGUUAAAGAAAGCCUGGUGUGAUGCCUUUGCUAUCAUCACUAGUGUUAUGUUGGGUGCCAUUAAAGAUAUCAAUGGCUAGUGAAAGACAUCUACAACAUCAAAUCUAAGUAGUUCAUCAGAUUAGGAUCCAUUUUAUGUGAUUAAAAGACAAAUACUCAGCCCAAGAGAUAACUGACAGCAUAAUAAAAUUUUGCAUAUUAAACAUAUCAAAGUGUCAAAAUCCCUGACUCAGAGUGAUUUUUUUCAUUUGAGACUUUGGGAGUUUAAAGAAGUUGAAACUUCAUGUAAGUUGAACCAUAGUCAAGAAAUCACAUAUUAAGUAAUUGAAAAAAAAAAAAUACAAGGACACCUUUGAUUUUUCAAACGUUCAACUUCUAAAAUUUUACAAAAAAACUGUUACAAACAUAUCGCUUUAAAUAUUAGUAUUAAGAAAACAGUAAGAACUUCUUAACUGCAAUACUUUAAGAAUAAUACAUAGAACAAAUCAUUUUGUUCUUUUUUUUGAAAAAGUGUACUUUUUUACUGUCUCUCAUUAUUGUUAUUCUACACUGAGAAAAAUGUGACAAACAGUCUUCUUUGUGUUUAUCUGAACAGCACAGAAAAGACACUAUUUCACAAAUGGUUGAAAGUACACAUGUAUCACAUACAACAUACUGUGAUGUGCUUAUGUACAAAAAAGGAACCAUAACAAUUCUAUUUACAAGUAAUUUAGAACUGGUUAGUUAACAGUAGUUUUAUACAGAUAGCAUCUGAAAAAAAGAUAGAAAAUACUUUACAGAAACAUUCAUACUUCUACUGAGUACAUUUGUGGGAAAUGUAAUGGAAUUCAAGGUUUCUAUCAAAUUUUUAGGUGUCAUAAUAAACAAAACUUUUCUAGGCUCAAAUGCUUUUUGGCUCAUCAUGAUCAAAAGUUAGUAUGUCUAAUAACAGCACUCAGCCCUACUCUCCUUUAUUAAUAAGUAUCACCUGUAGCCAUUAUCAUUGUGAAUGUUUCUAUUUGUGCAAAUGGCACAAAACUUAAUUCAUUGUUGCUAUGUUUUCAACAUAUUAAGAAAGCUAAAAUGAAAAUCACAAGAACAGCCUUUGAAAAGUGCUAACCAAGAAAAUGACACAAAUGAUGUAACCAGAAUAAUUUACAGAAACAAUUUUCAAAAACAAAAAGUUGCCCUCUUACCUGGGAAAAACAAUAAUUAUUUCUGUAAAAUGAACUGCUCUAUAAAUUCAUUUUGUUCACUCUCAACCUUUUGUAAAGCUUCAUGUUGGACACGGAAACUAAAAUAAAACAUCAAACAGAUCUCAUUACAUUCUUUUCAAAAACUGUGGUACUCUGUAUAUCACGAGGAAGACCAAUCUAGUCCUUGCUUAGGAAGUAUAAAAUCAAUAGGAAAUAUUAUCAAAAAAAUGGUAGUAGAGCAACACAAAUAUAGU